UCCGACAGUCCUGGAGAGAAGGACCGAGCAGGGCAGUCACCUGUGGGACGUGUAAGAAAUUCUGAGAUUCCAGCAAACUAUCACAACUUUCUGGACUGUCUGUACAGCAUACAUAUGCUUUUAUUUUUAUAGUUGCUAAUGUGUCGUAAAUUUAGAUAAGCAUUUACUCGCGUGCAUCCGUUAAUUGCGAUCUACAUCGAACGGUUAAUCCUAUUUGAUAACGCUCCCAGCGCACGGGACUGUAGCGACAAAAGUAAAUUUUUCAGGCCUGAAGAUAUUGCUGUUAUUGAGAUAAUUCUCAAUGAGCGACACAGAGAAUUCCAACACGGAUUCCAAAUUGGAAUCUGUCAUACAGAGGCUGGAGGAGAGUGUGUUGUCUGAAGAGAAGAGGCUGACAGUCCGAGGCGCCUCCCCUGAAGACCCUCCUACGUGUUUACCUGCACGAGUCCGAGAGAUCGUCACCAAGAACCUCAACGAGAGCCCACCAGGAGCCAUGUCCUCAGUGAUGUCAGUCCAGGAGGAGAACCGGGUGCUGCAGGUAGAGCUGGGAAGGMUGGARGACCUGCURGCCCAUAGCAGGGCGGACCGAGAUGAGCUGGCUAUCAAAUACAGCGCCAUCAGCGAGAGGCUAGAGCAGGCACUCCGCCUGGAGACAGGUGACGGGGAGCGGGAUUCACCAGAGUCUCGCAGCCAGGCUCAGCAGAACAUGGACCUGCGCCGGCGUCUGGACGAGGAACAGGCAGCCUACAAGCGUAAACUCACAGCCUAYCAGGAGGGCCAGCAAAGACAGGCUCAGCUGGUGCAGAAACUGCAGGCUAAGGUCCUGCAGUACAAGAAGAGGUGUGGAGACCUGGAGCAGACUCUAGUGGAGAAGUCCUCGGAGCUGGAGCAGCACAGACUGAGUGUUCGAGGACCGUGCGGCGACCUGGAAAAUGCUCUCAUCCGGUUGGAGGAGGAGCAGCAAAGGUUACAGUCUGUUGCAGUGAACGCCAUGCUGAGAGAGCAGUUGGAGCAGGCAGGACUGGCCAAUGAGGCACUCAGCCAGGACAUACGCAGACUCACUGCUGAUUGGUCCAAAUCCAGGGAGGAGCUGGAGCAGAGGGAGUCUGAUUGGAGGAGGGAGGAGGAAUCUUUCCACAGUUAUUUCAGCAGUGAGCACAGUCGUCUGCUACUGUUAUGGCGACAGGUGGUGGGCUUCCGUAGACAGGUCUGUGAGCUGAAGAGCGCCACAAGAGAGCCGGGAGGGGGGGCGGCUCUGGCUCUGGAGCGGGAGGUGGCGCUGCGGGGCAGCUGGAGCUGCAGCUCAGAGAACGGGACUGCAUCUGUGAGGACACAGCYGCUGGAGGGUUGUGAMGCACGAGGUGCAGUGGAGUUGCCGGAGCUGGGCGCACUCAGCUCCUGUUCAGCUGCAGCACCACCGCCCCGGCUGUCAGAUGCAGUGCGAGAGGUGGAGAGGCUGAAGGGCCAGAGUGAAGAGAAAGACAGAGAUGUGGCCUCACUGACCAGGAGACUGGAGGAGCAGAGUGGUAACGAUGAGACAGACAUGCAGGUGAUGAGGGCUCAUACUGAAACACUACUGGACACACUGAGAGACAUUGCCCAGACUGUCUUAUCCGAUGGGGACUCGUCAUCAGAAGCAGACCAGGAGAACACUGGGGCUCCUCUAUUGGCUCUUCUCCGUGGCUCCUCCCCUCACCGCUCAUCAUCACCAUGGGGAUCCACCUCUCCCAGGCGUUACUCCUCGUUGGCCACCGUCCCAGAGGCCAGCCUGUCAGCUCUGCGGUCUGCUGUCAACAGCAGACAUCUCCAGCUGCAGGAGGUUCGAGGGCGUCUGUCCUCUGCCCAGUCAUCAGUACAAUUGCUGCGCAGGCAGCUAGCAGAGGCGGAAUCAGCCAAGCGGGAGGCGGAACAGCGCAGUCAGACCCUGCAUGGAGAGAGGGAUGGAGUUCAGAGAGAGAAGGACACYACACAGAGAGAGAGAGACCGUCUGAAACAAGACAGGGACACACUGGCUAGUGAGAAGGUGGCUGUGGAGAAGGCAGCCCAGGCAGCUCUGAUCAAGGCCCAGAUUCUGCAGAUGGACUGUGAGAAGCUGCAGCAGGCCGUGACGUCGGCCCAGAGAGAGAGGGAUCACGAGAGAGAGGAGAAGUUGGACGCGCUGCAGGAGAGAGACCGGGCCAAGGCAGAGACCGACAGAGUUCAGAAGCAGUGGGAGCAGAGUGAGAGCCGGGCAUCUGUCCAGAGAGGGGAGCUGUCUACAGUGAGAGAGACUCACCACCAGGCAGAGGUGGAGAGGCAGCUGCUGGAAGGAGAGAAGACCCAGCUCACUGAGGCUUUGGCCCGUGCUGAGAGCAGUAAUGCAGAGCUCUCUCUGCUGGUCAACAAGCUUCACUCUGAGGAGGCUGCCCUCCGAGACUCUCUGGCCAAGAUGGGCAGCAUGAAUGAGGGCCUGGCCCAGGACAAGUGUGACCUCAACUCCAUCAUCAGCCAGCUUGAAGAGGAGAAGGCCUACCUGCAGGCCCAGAAACAUGAAGCGGAGCAGGAGAAGAUGACCAUCAGAGAUGAGCUCGUCCGAUUGGAGCAAGACAGGCUAGAGUUGGACUCCGCCCGCCUCGCCCUCCACCAGUCCUUGCAGGAGUCUGAGCUGAGCAGGGUGGGGAUGGAGGCGGAGCUUCAGAGCCUCAGGGCCGAUAGAGUGAAGCUGCAGGACAAAGUCACUCAGCUGUGUGGCGAGGUGAGCUCUCUGGGGGCAGAGUUGGGCAKGGCCCGCGGUGAGGAACAGAGACAGGGCGUGGCUCUGGAGGAAGUAGGGCGGGGCCGGGCGGAGCUGGUCAGGGAGAGGGCGGGGCUAGUGGUCCAGCUGACUGCAUCGGAGAGAGAGAACGCCACACUAACAGAGGAGUUGGCCGCAUUCAGGUCAGAGCGGGAGGCCUUGGAGACCAGCCUGUUUGAGGUGCAGCAGCAGCUGGUUCAGCUAGAGUUUCGCAGAGAGCAGCUAGAAGCAGAGAACCAGAGCCUGCGGCUACUCAGGGAGACCACCACCGCGGAGCUGAGGCGUGUGCGUGCGGAUGGGGAGAAUGUGCUGGCGCAGAGUGAGAGGGAGAGAGAGGCUUUGAGCCAGRCCCUGACUACCACCCAGCAGGAGUCCCAGCAGGCCCUCCACACCGCCAUCACUGACCACCAGGAGGAGGCAGAGAGACUGACCGCUGAGAAGGARGCCCUGCGUCGCAGUCUGGAGUUUGAACAGGAGGGGGCACUGCGACAGGUCAGACAGGAGGCAGAGGAGCAGCUCCUCAGAGCCGAGAGAGACCGGGAGGACCUGAAAGAUGAAGUGAGGAGUCUGCAGCACGACAGAGAUCAGAGUCUGCUACAGGCAGAGACAGAGAAACAACAGAUGCUGUCCCAGAAGGAGGCAGAGAAAGCGGUGCUGUCUGAGAGAGUGUCCAUCYUGCAGGCAGAGCUGGGUACUGCAACCCUGGAGCUGGACAGACUGGCCAGAGAGGCAGCGUAUUACAAAGAACAGGAGAGGGCCACAGUGGGAGCUCUGACCAGUGAGUUACUGGAGCUUCGCUCUCAGCUGGAGGAGGCUGGCAGUGUUCAUGAGCGGGAGCUGCACCGGUUGCAGGAGAACAGCUCUGACCUGCAGACACAUACUGAUGCUGCCCUCAAAGAGCUGGAGGAGUGCAGAGCUUCUCUCUCAGCCAGUGAGGAGAGCCGAGACCAGGUGAGGCGGGACAUGCUGGAGAUGGACAGGCGCCUCAACCAAACCCGUGACACUGGGGAGGGGUACAGAAGGGAUGGGGUAGAGCUACGGCGCACCCUCACUGAUGUCACCAAGGAGAAAGACACACUCAGCUUAUCAAAUACCCAGCUGAGGGAGACUCUGAAAAGUGCAGAGACUGAGAGAAUCAGUGUGAAGCGUCAGUGUGAGGAGAAGGAGCAGCGGCUGGCUGUUCUGGAGGAGAGCCUGUCAUCUGCACAGAGAGAGGUGACGGAGCUCCGCAGCUGUCUGAGAGAGGUGGAGAGGUCACGGCUGGAGGCCCGGAGAGAGCUGCAGGAGCUACGCAGACAGGUGAAGGUACUGGAUGGAGAGAAGGAACAGAAAGGGAGGGAGGUGGCUGAGUUGCAAACGCGUCUCUCCCUGGAGGARCAGAGAGAGGAGGAGAGAGGGCGGGAUAUCUUCUCUCUCAAACAGAAGCUGGCCGAGGCUGACACAGCCAGGACUUCCAUCAAGAAAGAGCUGUCCAUCCUCCAGAGGCGUCUGACAGAGUCAGAGUCAGGCUGGCGGGGAUGUGAGAGGGAGCUGACGGCCCAGCUUCAGGAUGCCCGGGGCUGUGAGAAGAAGCUCCAGGAUGAGGCCAGGAACCUGUCCCUGCGGGCCCAGACAGCCCAGGACUCCCUCACCCAAUCCAGCCUGCAGCUCAGCGAGGCCCAGGGCCGCCUGGCUGCCACCGAGGUAGAGCUGGCCCGGGCCGAGGCCGGACGCAGGGAGCUGGAGUUCCGUCUGGGCAGCUUGCAGUCGGCACUGACCCGUACGCURGGCAUUGGGGCGGGGGGCCGGAGAAGUGCCAGUGGGGGCAGGGGCAGGAGCCCCAGAGGGAGCCCCCCAGCAGCAUCCUACAGCAGCAUUACACGUCCCCGCAGCCUCUCGCCCCUACGCUGCUCACUUUCACCCCCAAAAGAUUUUGGCGGCUCGACCCCUGACAACACGUUGGGCUGCUCAAGGCCUAUCUCCCCAGAGCAGGGUGACACCCCCCUCCCCAUGCCCCUGCCUGAGCUGGACCCYGAGACGCUGCGCUGCGGCCUCAGAGACUUCCUCCAGGAGCUCCGAGAAGCUCAGAGAGACCGGGACGAGGCUCGCUGCCAGUUGGGGGCGCUACAGAGAGAGUUGGAGGAGGUGACAGGGGAGAGAGACUCCGCCCAGAACCGCCUCUCUCAGCUACACAACACACUGCAGGAGUGCCAGGAGGGUAAGCGUGGUGUUGACGGGCGUCUGAGCUCGACCCAGGCCAUGCUCCAGCAGCAGGAGGAGACGGUGAGGAGGGGAGAGAGGGAGAGGAGGGCCCUCACUGACAGAGUCAAGGAGCUGGAGAGAGCCCUGCAGACUGCCGAGACGGAGAAAAAACACACACAGGACCAGUUGAGUAAGCAGCGUGCGGGCGAGGUGCGUCUGGAGGCUGAGCGGAGGCGUCUGCGGGAGGCCCUGGAGGCUGCCGAGGCCCGGGGGACCAGGGUGGAGCUGGGGAGACGCAGCCUGGAAGGGGAGCUGCAGAGACUCAAACUGAGCCUGGGGGACAGGGAGGCCGAGAACCAGGCCACCCAGGAGCGCCAUGAUGCACUAGUCAAACAGGUGGCGGAGGGGGAGAGCUGUGUGACGUCGCUCCAGAGAGAGUUGGACAGGCUGAGCCAGGCUUUGUCUAAAGCCCAGGAGGGAGAGGUCUGUCUCAGAGAGAAGAACCAGAGCCUUUCCCAGAGCCUCCAGGAGGCCACCGUUGCCCACAGCGCCACCCAGGGGCGCCUUGUCGCACUGCAGAAGACCCUGGGGCUGGCCGAGCAGGACCGCAGGCAACUACAGGAGCGAGUGGAUGGAGCGCGGGCGUCCCUGACGGACGGGAAGAGAGGCAUGACGGCCCUCACUGAGCGCGUCCAGAGCCUACAGACUGAGCUGACUCAGAGCGACCUGAGACGAGGAGAGCUGGAGGCAGAGCUGGCUCACACACAGGAGGCCCUGCGUCAGCGGUCUGCCAGUCUGACAGAAGCCCAGCGCAGUGCCCAGUCUGCCCAGACAGAGAGGGUGUCUGCAGAGGAGAGGCUGCGGGGGCUGCAGAGGGCUGUGGCCAUGCUGGAGACAGAGAAGAAGGAUGCAGAGAGACAGGCCGUCCGCCUGGAGAAGGACAAAAACGCACUGAGAAAUACACUGGACAAGGUGGAGCGUCAGAAGCUAAAGACAGAGGAGGGCAGCAUGCGUCUGUCUGCAGAGAAAGGCCGUCUGGAUCGCUCACUCACCACCGCAGAGCAGGAACUGCAGGACGCACAGAGACAGAUAGCACUGCUACAGGCCCAGCUGGCUGAGAUGGAGCAGUCCCACAAUGUGAGUGAGAGCUCUGUGAGGCAGCGUGACGAGGUGAUGCGUGAGGCGGAGAGGCUGAGGGUCGCCCAGAGGGAGGCAGAGAGGACCCUGGCCGCCCGGGAGAGAGCCCACCGCCACCGGGUCAAAGGCCUGGAGGAGCAGGUGUCCACUCUGAAGGAGCAGCUACAGCAGGAGAUGAGUCGUAGACAGCCCUCUCUACCCACCCUCAUAUCUGGGGGGAACUGAGCACUGAGCAGCGCUCCCUGUGUCCCUCCAUGGGUACUACAGCCCACUUACAGCUCCGGAACCAGCAUAACAUCAUCCGCUCCUCUGUGUUGACACACGCCUCUCCUCCUACUCAGGGGAUAGAAGUGUCAUCCAGUACAACAGGAAUGAGAUCUUAAUCUCUGCCAGUAUAUACAGUUGACCAGGGUUCCCUUCCACACACACACCAGCAUACAAAGGGAGAACAGUCUGAGUCACUGUUUGAGCACUAGGCAACAAAUUGAUCAGUCCUAUGAAGAAACUACUGUGCCGUCCAUCUUGCUACUAUUUGGUUGAGAUUGACCCAACUAGUUUGCCUGGACCAAUAGAUGGACACUAUUAUAUGUAGAGCACAUGAUGGGACCACAUGAGAUGAAGUAUUUAUGCACUAUAUGUGUGUACUGUUUGUGAUUUUAGAUGUGUGUGUACUGAACAAAAAUAUUCAUGCAACAAUUUCAAAGAUUUUAUUGGGUAACAGUUCAUAG